UGCUAAUUAAUUGUUUCUCAAUCGGUUUCAAGGUUUUAUUGUGGAUAAUAUGGACAGAAAAACAAAAAUUAUGUUGAAUGCACUCAAUAUAAAGGACAGGAGUUGCAUUGAUUUCCUGAAAGUUCCUAAAUAUGAACGACUUGGAACCACCCAGAACGAACAAGAUUUGUGCAUUCAAAGAUCCCAAGAACUAUUUGGGAACGUAACAAGUCAAACAAGAACACCUGCUAUAAAAAUUCAAUACUCCAGCAUAUCCUCCACCGAAAAGGUGUAUAACACAAGACUACAGAAGGUUAAAAAAAAUCUCUUUGAAGAAGAAAUACCUAUAAGUCCGCAAGAACACUUUAGAAACCUCCAGUCUGGUGGAAUAUCACCUACAAUUGAUGUAGUAUCUACUAGUGAUGAACAUUUUGAUGCUCAUGGUAGUAGUAGUAGUGAGCAUGCUUCAGAAGAAAAUGAAGCUUAUAGUAGUGGUACUGAAUACAUUCCAGAUACUCCCUCGGUUUCAUCAGAUUCUGGGAGCGAACCUGGCAACAGUUUUAUCCAAAAAGACAACCAUUUAUGUAAUAAACAGGUAUAUUGUGAUGCCAGUUAA